GCAUGCUAAACCAAGAUGCGGGGCUCUGCCCUCGCGGCUUAGACCGGCUGAACCUUGCCUACCUGUGGUUAGAGACAUGGCGUUGACGGCAACCCAAUGUUAGAUAAGCCGUUGUUAUCUCAACAUACGUGAAGUUCCCCUCCUUCGGGGUCAGCUAGGGAAAUCCAACAAUCAUCCUGAAGACUCCUGAUCUUGCGUUACUACACAUCAUUGACACGCAGCAGACCGUUCAAACAUUAUCGCACGCCAUGGCCGAUAUCAAGAAGUUCGUGCUUGGCGACUUCAAGCUCCAGAGCGGCAAAACGCUGCCUGGUGCUUGGAUUGCCUACAGAACCUUUGGCGAUGCUUCCCUGCCAGCCGUCGUCUAUCCAACUUGGUUCUCCGGUGCCAUUGCGGACAACGAAUGGUUGGCAGGAGAUGACAAGACUCUCGACCCAUCAAAAUACUUCAUCAUAAUUCCUGCCCUCUUUGGCAACGGACAGUCCAUCAGCCCGUCCAACUCUGACAUCAGCCCAUUCCCCGACGUUUCUCUGUAUGACAAUGUGCGUGCACAACACCAGCUCGUUACCGAAGAACUCAACGUCAAGCACCUGAGGGCAGUUCUAGGCUGGUCUAUGGGUGCUGCUCAAUCAUUUCAAUGGGCGACACAAUACCCUGACAUGAUGGACAUUUGCGUUCCUUUCUGCGGCGCAGCCAAGUGUGCUCUACAUAACAAAGUGUUCCUAGAAGGAGUCAAGUCAGCGCUUCUUGCUGCGAAGAAGAUCAGCUCGGCCGGGAGUGGCAACGGGCGCGCGGCGGCGGCCAACGACAAGUCUGUCCGAAUCUGGUCCGACGAGGAGAAACAAGCGGGCUUGAAGGCAUUCGGUCGUGUGUAUGCUGGAUGGGGCUUUUCCCAGACCUUCUAUCGACAAGAGGUCUACAAGGAGCACUACAAAUCCAAAGACCUCGAAGACUUUCUUCAGACCUUUUGGGAGAAGUGGGCUCUGAGCAAGGACCCCGAGAAUCUUCUAACCAUGAUCCAGACAUGGCAGAGCGCCGAUGUGAGCGACCAGGAGCCAUACAACGGUGACUUGAAAAAGGCCAUGGCGGGUAUCAAGGCGAAAACCUUGGUACUACCUUCGAAGACUGAUCUCUACUUCCCACCUGAGGAUUCCGAGAUUGAGGUAGAGUACAUGACCAAGGGUGUUGGUAAGCUGGCCGUCUUUCCAUCCAUCUGGGGACAUUGGGCCGGCGGCCCACCGGGUAACUUUGACGACGUCAAGUGGCUGGACAACCAGCUGAAAGAGAUAUUUUCCACCGCACCCCGGAGGUAUCAGAAGUAGCAUCCAAUCCGAUGAGUGGGAAGCACGGCACUUUGAGCUGUUCUUAUCUGUCCUAAUCUUCAUCCCGGAGGCAAAGGACAAGUUCCUCAAGUAGAUCGACGUAUAUGAAUAAUCUUGCAAAUUGACCUUGUCAAACUCGAA